UUACAUCGACUUGGAAUAUUGCAACUUUAUAUAUCGAGUGAAAAUUAUAAACUGAACAAAUUGUUUUCAAGUUCCGAAGCAAUUUAUGAUUACAAUCCAAAAAUGGCAUAUAAGCUAAGUCAAACAUUCUACUGAGGAUUGAUAUAGUUGCUUCGCGUUCGGUAAUAGCUAAAUGCAAUUUCGGUUAAAUUUCGAUAUCGUGUAACAGCUAGAUAUGUUUAAUAUAUAUAUGUAACUAAACUAUAAUCCUUGUGGCACAUAUCUGUUCAAAAGUGGAUAGCAUGGAGUGUUUGGUAUGUCUUGAAGAUCAGAAAGGAUCGGAGAUAUGUAUUUCAGUCGAUUCAGAAAAUUGGCAGGAGUACAGGAAUAUUAUCGAUAAGCAUUUGUGGGUUUUUGAAACACCUGUAGUUAAAGCCUGCAUAUGUUCUCCAUGCUGGGAGGUGCUAAGCGACUUCAAUACAUUCUAUACUCGUGUGGAAAGCACUCACAAUGCUAGAAAGUUGAAGUUGAAAAAUGAAACUGAUCCAUUGCAAGAGGACAAUAAGCCCAAGGAUAUUUUAUUAAAAACCUUACUUGAACCGGAAAUUGUUAUAUGUCAAAAAUUAGAAACACCAAUUGAAAUUAAACAAGAAAACGAGGAGCCUAUUAUUGCAUUAGCAAUAGCGCAAGAUAAUUUUAUCAAAGAUGCUGAUUAUAAUUCCAUAGAUAUCCUUUACGAUGAUCAUGACCCUCCAUUCAUUGCAGAUAGCAGUGAUACCAAGGAAAGUUAUGAUGAUACUGAUAGCGACGAUAACUUGCCUCUAAUUCGCAUGGAAUUUAAAAACAACAAACCACCAACAAGAAAUGAGCGGCGGAAAUCAGCAAAAGAAACGGACGAAAACCCUAAACCUUUUAAAGGCAAAAACACGUCUAAACUGAAAAGCACAAGCAUUGAAAAAAGAAAUACUCCUCGAAAACAAUCAAAUCUUCCCAAAAUAAAUCGCGUUGAAUACGAUAAAUUCCUGCAGGAAAAUUUUAAGAUGACUUGCGAUAAAUGCCAAAAGACAUUUGACAGAUUCCGUAUCCUUUGCCAACAUUACAUUAAAGAGCACAACGAAGAGGGCUAUGCGUUAUGUUGUGGGAAUAAAUUCUUUAAUAGAAGGUUGCUCGUAGACCACAUUAACUACCAUCUUAAUCCUGAAUACUUUAAGUGCGAUCUUUGUAACAAAGUGUUUACGAAAAGAAUAUGUCUCAUCGGCCAUAUGAAGAUGCAUGAGGAAAAAAAAUUCUGUUGCGAUAUAUGCGAUAAGAAGUUCGUUCUAAAACACAAAUUGGAUAAGCAUAAACUAACGCAUUUGCCGGAAUCUGAAAAAAAAUUUCCAUGCAACGAAUGCGGCAAAUUCUAUGCGAAUGAAUAUAUACUCACACAACAUCAAAAGGCUGUUCAUCUCAACAUAUACGCCAAAAUUUGCGAAAUAUGCGGACAAACCAUGCCAGACUCACAUACAUUCAAGCGUCACAUGGAGAGGCAUGAAGGAAUAUUUCCCGUUAAAAAUGCAAAAUGUGACCAAUGUGGUCUUAUAUUGACAAGUCAACAUACCUUAAAAUUGCACAUAGAAUUAAAACAUCCGACUGAUAGACGUGAACACAAAUGUCAUGUCUGCUCCAAAAUCUCUCCAAAUUUAAGGGCUCUAAAUAAACACGUACGUGAGGCACACGAAAUGGGAUACAGAUUUAAAUGCACAAUAUGUGAAAAGGAAUUCAAGAGAGCUGAUAACUUUAAGUCACAUAUGGCAAUUCAUACAGGAACGCCACUGCACCGUUGCCCUUGGUGCCCAAAAGAAUUUAAUUCAAAUGGUAAUAUGCACCAACAUAGGAAGAAAGCACAUCCUAUUGAGUGGGAGGAAGCUCAACGUAAAAAGUAUUCUGGAAAUCUACCGCCCAAUUUCAAGCGACCGUCUACAAGCAGCAAUUCUCAAAACCAAACACUCACCGCAGAUAUAAAUCAACAAUAAACAAAGUCUUAAAGUACGGCA